UCAGAAUUCAUCAGUGUUGACUUGGUUUUGGUACAGUUGAACUGUGUUUUGAGAUAAUUCAAUUUAUUUAAAAUAAUAAAUAAAUUCUUUAAUUUUUUUUUCUUCGUUGAAAUUAAAUAUAAACAAAAAAAAAAUAAUCAAAAUGAUGAAAUUAUUCGUUGCUGUUUGCUUGUUUGUUGUUAUCGUUAGCAGCGCUCCUGCACCACAACAGGAAGUCCAGCUUUUGGAUUUCACAAAUGAGAAUGACGGAACUGGCAACUAUAAAUACAGUUUCUCUCAGAGUGACGGAACCAAAGUCCAAGAAACUGGUGAAUUGAAAACAGUCACCGGCGAAGAAGGUCCUGUUGAAGCUGUUGUCAAAACUGGAUCAUAUGAAUUCACUGAUGCCGAUGGUGGUGUUCAUCGUGUCACAUACACAGCUGAUGAAACUGGUUUCCAUCCAAUUGUUGAAAGUUAAAUUUAAUUAUACGAAAAAUAGUUUCAUUUUGUUUUGUUUAACUUAAAAUUGUGAUUAUUUUUUUGUAUGUUAUUAAAAUAGAAUUUUUUAUAACUGAAAGAAAAAAAAUUAAAGUUUAUAUAAAAAGAAAUUAAAUAAAAACAGUCUUUUCCUAGCACAAGAAUUAUAUAAUAAAAAAAAUUAAUUUGAAACCGAAAUACUCAAUAAAAUGUAUUUAUAUGCGAAAAAA